GUUGAAAGAGGGUCUGUAUAAAGAGUAGGGGGUAGGGAGUCUAAAAACAGGGGCUACUCUCUCUAACUAGGCAAACAGACCAGGGGAUACAAGAAGGACUUAACUACAAGAUUACUAUCAUAUUUAAAUCUGGGGCUGCUUUUACAUGCAAAAAUGUACCACCAUCUCCUGUUUGGGCUAUCGCUUUGGCUCCUGCUGAUACUCCCAUCUGAAGCUGGAAAAGAAAUGCCCAAACUUUCAGACAAAAAACUAUGUGCUGAUGCAGAAUGCAGUCAUCCUAUUCUGAUAGCCCGUGCACUACAGGACUACUACCCUGGAGACUGCAGAUUCAUCCCAAUCAGACAAGGCCAGCUUGUGUAUGUCUAUGCCAUGCUAAAAGACAGAGGGAACCUUUUCUGGGCUGGCAGUGUGCAAGAUUCCUAUUAUGGCCAGCAGGAGGCACGUAUUGGGCAUUUUCCUAGCAGUGUGGUGGAGGAGACGCAUGCCUUGAUGCCCGCCAACACUGAGGUCAAGACUACAAAAUGGGACUUCUACUGUUACUGAACUGAAUAAAGUGGACACAAGGAAGUGUACAACACAUUAUAUUUGUAAUAAAAUAUUUCAACCAUUAU